GGGAAGGAGGGCGGGAAGGAGGGGAAGGCGCCCGGAGGAGGAGGAGGAGGAGAGAACAGCCUCCUGCCGCUGGCGAGGAGAAUGGGAGUGCGGGGCGGCAGACCGCCGCGGGGUGUCACGGCCGCGGCCGAGCUUGCCAGACGCCGGGCGGGCGCCCGCCGCGUUUAAACCCGGGAGGGCGCGGCGGCGGCAGGAUCGCGGCGCGCGCGGGGCGCCGGGCGGCUGCCGAAUGGAGAGGAAGGGCUCGGCGGCCGGGACCAAGGGGAACCCGAGCCCACCCGUGGCCACCGGCGAGGCGCAGCGGCCGCCGCCGCCUCUGUGCGCCCCGGGCGGCUGCGGAGGGGCCCCCGCGCGGGGCCAGGCUGGGGCGGCGGCCGAGCCCGCCGAGUUUAUUCGGCGCGCGCACGAGUUCAAGAACCAAGGAGCGCAGUGCUACAAGGACAAGAAAUUCCGCGAAGCCAUCGGCAAAUACCACCGGGCAUUGUUGGAGCUGAAGGGGCUGCAGCCCGCCCUCGGGGAACAGGAGCGGGACUCGCGCGCGGCCUCCCCGGCCGGGGCCUCCAACCCUGGCCGCCUCUCGGAGGAGCAGAGCAAGACGGUGGAAGCCAUCGAGAUCGACUGCUACAACAGCCUGGCAGCCUGCCUGCUCCAGGCUGAACUGGUAAACUAUGAACGAGUCAAGGAAUAUUGCCUCAAAGUCCUGAAGAAGGAAGGGGAGAACUUCAAGGCCCUUUACCGGUCUGGUGUGGCCUUCUACCAUCUUGGAGACUAUGACAAAGCACUCUACUACCUGAAAGAAGCAAGGACCCGACAGCCAACAGACACCAACGUGAUUCGGUAUAUCCAGCUGACGGAGAUGAAGCUCAGCAGAUGCUCCCAGAGAGAGAAGGAAGCCAUGUAACUACAACACUUCUCUCGAGCUGCACCUGCACCUGACCCUGGACUUCCAGACACCUCCUGGUGGAGAGCCCCUCCCUGAGUUCUGGUCCUUUCUCCCCACUUCUUCCAUCACCCCCUUCCUGCCUCUUCCUCCUGUUGCCCCUCAACUCUUUCUACUCCCAGUGUGAAAAGAAGCAGGGAUGCAAAUUUGGAACCUGAUGGGUUACCCCGACAAUGGAGAUUAUCCCCUUCUCUAGGAGGCCAGCCACUAGAGAAGUAGGGACCUAACUUCUUUGGGGACAGCUGGGGAGGACUCUCACAGGCCAGGAAUGCCAUUGUAGCUUUGACUUGAGCCUGUGCUUCUGACAGAGGCAGAGCCUGGCAGGUGUAGCACCCCAAAGGCAGCAGGCACGGAGCCCGCGGCUGGGUCCCCCUCACUUUCCUGACAGGCCAGAGCAUCUUAAGGGAACUGUAACAGAUCCAGGGAUGAGACAAACACCGGGAGCAUUGGUUAAGCCAGUAGAAAGACCAUGAAUUUGUACACUGGAUUCCCCCCAACCCCCAGGAACCUCAGCCCUGCCUCCCUCCCUCACUUGUUGUCUUGGCUUGUGCUUUUUUCUCUCCCCCUCGGGGAUCUGAGACUCUGCCAGGAUUCACAUGCCAUCGAAGCCCACACUCAGUGCUCUCUGGUGACCACACAUACCAUAAUCCCAUACUCCACCCAGCAGGCAGCUGUGACAGCAGAAAGACAGGGUAAAGUGGGCCAAGAGUUGACUGCAUAGGUGAUGGGGGAAGGGAGAGAUGACAUCUAAGGGAAAGGGCAUUGUAUAGACUGGGGGACUGAACUGUGGACUAAUUAAGUAUAAAUAAAAAUAAACUAACAGGCAGCAGUUCCUCUCCUUUCUGUUGGAAGCAGCCCACUCCCCCACUUAUACUCCCUCCUCCAACUCUCAAUCAGAGCCACUUACAGCCAGACAGGAUGGGGCUUCCCCGAAAGCAAUGGGCCAUUUGUUCAGUGGUAUACAAUGUUGGCUGCCGCCUUUGUGCUUUUCGAGUAGGCUGGGACUGAGGAGACGGCCCAGGGACUUGGCGUUGUGGGACUUUGUGGGACUUGUACAGCCUCUUUUUGAUGACAUUAUCUGGACUCAAUAUGUAGCACAGAGAAUGUGUUCAACAAAUAUUUGUUGAAUGAAUAAAUUAUGACUGCAGACUGGCUCUCCCGCCUUAAACUAAUGUUACCCCAGCCUAGUCUCCUGAUAGCUAUGCUUUUUACGCUAUGCCAUGUUGCUUCAGUCAAGUAAGAACCAUUUCCUGAGGGCUUGUUGUUUGCCUAUUGUGCAAUACGCUGUGGGGCGUAGGAUGUAGUCCCAGUUUUCAAGAAGAUGGAAGAAUUAAGAAAUACUCAUAUGAGAUUAUUACCAAUGACACCUUUAAUUUAUAUGAUGCUUUAAAUUUUUCAAAGCACUUUCAUGUAUUUUUCGUGUGAUUAGUGAAAGAGACAAUAUUGUACAAAUUAAAAUAUAUACAGAUGCAAUAAUGUUAAUAGUCAGCAUUUAUUAAAUGCACUAUCCUCAGAUCUUUA